AUGGUCUCUUUCAAGUCUCUCCUCCUCGCCGCCGUGGCUACCACCAGCGUUCUCGCUGCUCCUUUCGACUUCCUCGUUGAGCGCGAUGGUGGCAAUGCCACUGCUCUCCUCGAGAAGCGCCAGUCUACUCCCAGCUCUGAGGGUUACCACAACGGUUACUUCUACUCCUGGUGGACUGAUGGCGGUGGCUCUGCUCAGUACACCAUGGGCGAGGGCAGCAAGUAUUCCGUGACGUGGAGAAACACCGGCAACUUCGUUGGUGGCAAGGGAUGGAACCCGGGAACUGGCCGCGUGAUCAACUACGCCCGGAUCUUUCCAACCCCAGGGUUACGGCUACCUUGCUGUGUACCGGUGGACCCGUAA